GUUAAAAAAAAUAAGGAUGAGUGAUAUCAAAUCAUUUUUACAUCAGUUUUGCCAAAAGAAUAAGGUAGAACCGACAUUCGAAGUUAGACCAACCGGGCCAAAACACCGGCAGAGGUUCCUUUGUGAGGUCCGCGUAGAUGGCUAUAAUUAUGUAGGUGCUGGAAAUUCGACAAACAAGAAAGAUGCUCAAAGUAAUGCGUCCAAAGAUUUUGUUUCUUUUCUUGUUCGUCAAGGUCUUGUAAAUCAAAAAGAUGUUCCCAUUGAAAUUGAUGUUGCUCCAACAACCCCAACGAUUCAUCAUGGCCAACAAGAAGACAUGGCCAGUGGUCCGCAGCAUUCAGUAUUUGGUCAAGGGAUGGGACCUUCUAGUUACGGGGAAGCUUACCGUCCUCGUGGCAGGGACGAUAGUGAUUGGCAUCAUAUGGAUAGGGCACAAGAACAAAAACGAAUGGAAGAAGCUGAAGAUUUAGAUGUCAAUGCACAGAUUCAUGGAAAUUGGACGGUAGAAAACGCCAAAUCUAAAUUGCAUCAGUUUAUGCAGUCUAACAAGAUACAUGCUGACUACAAGUAUACACAAGUAGGGCCUGAUCAUUCCAGGACUUUUGUUGCUGAACUGAGUUUUUACGUGAAACAAUUAGGACGAAUCAUUCAUGGGCGUGAUACUGGAUCAAACAAGCAAACUGCAAGUAAAAGUUGUGCCCUAUCAGUGGUUAGACAACUUUUUCAUCUUGGAGUUAUUGAAGCAUUUUCAGGAACCUUGAAGAAAGAAAGAAACCCGGCUUCUGAAAUGAAACCAUUUGAAGUAAGGAUCUCUCCGCAACUGAAAAAUCAAAUUCAGGACUGUCUAGCAGAGCUGAAUGUAACUCCAACCCCAGUUGUAAGAGAAAAUGUAGAGAAAAGCGAAAUACAACCGGUUUCUCUUUUGAACAAUCAUGUGUUGGAUGAUUUCCAUCCAUCUAAACCAACUGCUGCAGGAGUUGUUACGUGGUCUCCUCCACAACCAAACUGGAACUGUUGGACAGGUUGCAAUAUUGACGAAGGAUAUUUGGCAACGGCUACUUUGGAGCAGCUCAGUGAGCAGAUGCUGAGAGAAUCAAAAGAACGAUCUGCCAACGAUUCUAAUUUGAGGCAGAGCAUUCAGGAUAGGCAGAGCCUUCCUGUCUACAGUAUGAAGGGUGUCAUCAUGGAAUCUAUCAAUGAACAUCCAGUUAUCAUUAUCAGGGGAAACACAGGAUGUGGUAAAACAACUCAAGUGUGUCAGUUUAUCCUAGAAGAUUACAUAAUGUCUGGUCAAGGAGCCUGGUGUAACAUUUGUGUGACUCAGCCAAGACGAAUUUCAGCAGUUUCUGUAUCAGAACGUGUGGCUAAUGAAAAAUGUGAGGAACUUGGUCAAAGUGUCGGAUAUUCUGUACGUUUUGAAUCUGCCCUUCCAAGACCAUACGGUUCCAUUAUGUUUUGUACUGUAGGAGUUUUGUUGAAAAAACUAGAGAAUGGUCUAAGAGGCGUGAGUCAUGUUAUUGUAGAUGAAAUUCACGAAAGGGACGUCAACAGUGAUUUUAUAAUGGUAGUUCUGAGAGAUAUGAUUCAUACUUAUCCUGAUUUGAGGGUUAUUCUGAUGUCUGCUACUAUCGACACUACCUUGUUUUCAAAAUAUUUCAAUAAUUGCCCUGUUAUCGAGAUUCCUGGCAGAGCUUUUCCCGUAAAGCAGUAUUUCUUAGAAGACGCCAUUGAGUUGACGAAGUUUGUGCCACCAAUAGAUUCCAGAAAACGUAAAUCUAAAGGAAAGGAUGAUGAUGACGAUGAAACUGCUGGUGUCGACGAACCUGAUGAAAAUUUGAACAAGGUUGUGGGUGGUAACUACUCUGAAACGACGAAGAAUGUUAUGGGGCGUUUGAAUGAAAAAGAAAUCAGCUUCGAGCUUCUCGAAGCACUUUUGGAUUAUAUCAAGAGCCAAUCGAUACCGGGUGCUGUUUUAGUGUUCCUUCCUGGUUGGAAUCUUAUUUUCGCUAUGAUGAAACACUUGCAAGGUCAUCCAGUUUACGGAGGAAAUCAAUUCUGUAUAUUACCUUUACAUUCACAGAUUCCCAGAGAAGACCAAAGAAAGGUAUUUCAACCUGUUCCUGAGCACAUCACGAAAGUCAUAUUAGCAACAAACAUCGCUGAAACUUCCAUCACAAUCAAUGAUGUUGUGUUUGUUAUUGACAGUUGCAAAGCUAAAAUGAAGAUGUUCACCUCACACAAUAACAUGACUAGCUACGCUACCGUGUGGGCCUCUCGGACGAAUCUGGAGCAGAGGAAGGGUCGUGCUGGACGUGUCAGGCCCGGUAUAUGUUUCCACCUUUGCUCGAAAGCUAGAUACGACAAACUGGACGAGCACAUGACUCCGGAAAUGUUCCGAACCCCUCUUCACGAGUUGGCUCUCAGCAUUAAAUUGCUGAGAUUGGGGUCUAUUGGUCAUUUUCUGAGUAAAGCUAUUGAACCUCCUCCGUUGGAUGCCGUUAUUGAAGCUGAAGUAUUACUCAGAGAAAUGAAAUGUCUGGAUCAAAAUGAUGAGUUGACACCACUUGGAAGAAUUAUUGCAAAGUUGCCAAUUGAACCAAGGUUGGGGAAAAUGAUGGUGUUGGGAUGUAUUUUUAUGUGUGGAGGACCUUUGGCCACAAUGGCCGCGAAUUCGUCAACAUUCCCGGAAAUAUUCGCAUUGGAAAUGGGACAAAGAAGACUGAGCUAUCGCCAGAAGUCACUGGCAGGUGACAGGCAUUCUGAUCAUGUGGCCAUGCUGACUGCUUUUGAGCUUUGGGAUCAUGCUAGAGAAGGAGGCGAAGAUGCAGAACAGAGAUUCUGCGAAUUCAAAGGAAUCAGCAUGCCAACCAUGAGAGUAACUUGGGAGGCAAAACACCAGCUUCAGCAAAUCUUGAAUAAUGUUGGUUUUCCAGAAGAAACAAUGGCUCCUCUGCCGAUGGAAACUGUGGGGCCUGAUCCAAGAUUGGAUGUAGUGAUGUCGCUCAUGUGCUACGGAUUGUAUCCGAAUGUUUGUUAUCAUAAGGAAAAGAGAAAGGUAUUGACAACUGAAAGCAAAGCUGCUCUUAUCCACAAAACUUCAGUCAACUGCAGCAACCAAGACCAGGGCUUUCCAUAUCCAUUCUUUGUAUUUGGCGAAAAGAUCAGAACUAGAGCAGUGUCAUGCAAACAGAUGACCAUGGUGACACCUCUUCAUCUCUUGUUGUUUGGUUCCAGGAAGGUUGACUGGGUGGACGGAGUUGUCAGGUUAGACAAUUGGAUAAAUCUGGACAUGGAUCCGCAGGUCGCUUCGAUGGUUGUUGCCUUGAGACCAGCUUUGGAAAGUUUGGUUAUCAGAGCUUCAAAGGAGCCCGAACAGAUUUUGGAAAUGGGACCUGUUGAUUUGAAGGUUGUUUCUACGAUAAAGGAACUAUGUAAACUACACGCGGGAAGUUUUGAAAUCGAAAGGGCAAAAAGCAGCAUACUUUCAUCGAAUAGACCACCAAGAGGUCAUUCUAUUGGUGGAUAUAGUGGUCCUCCUCCUAAAUUCUUCAGGGGAGGUCGAGGAGGAUAUAAUAGUGGUGGAGGAUACAAUAAUGGCGGAGGAUACAAUGGUAGAGGUGGUGGAUAUGGAGGGGGAUUCAGAGGCGGCCGAGGUGGUUUUGGAGGCCGGGGUGGCGGAUAUGGUGAUGGCUCAGGUAGUGGGUACAGAGGCGGGAGAGGAGGUUUCAGGGGUGGUUAUUAAUUUGAAUGAAUGUUGAUUGUAGUACUAGGAAAAUUUCUGCAUUCAAUUUCGUGGAUAUAGUAAUACUGAAUGUAUUCAACUUUGUUACUAUUUAUAAAAAUAAUUUUUUAGUUGAACCUGCUCAGUCAUUACAUGUAAUGUAAUCAACUGAUGAGUUUUUAUAAUUUAUUAAAAUUAUUUGAAUUGAA